CAGUAUAUUUUUAUUCCAAAAUAAUCUAUUUUUUUUCUUUAAUUGUUGUAUCCACUUCUUAUUUUUCAGGAUUCUUUGAAAAUUCCUUAGUGAUCUUGACAUUGUUACAAGUGACAUAAAUUAGCCAGUGGCUCAGAAUGAUGGAUACCCAGAAGACUACAAAUGGUUUGCAAGUGAUUGGACCAGGGACUGGUAUAGGGAUAUCGACACUCCCCAUGGUGGGGUAUUUGGGAAAAAACCGUAGUCCUGUAGAAGUAACUGCACAUGAGUAUUGCCCAGUCUGCAAAGAGAAGGGCCAGACACAAGCCUUACGGACUUACCGCAUUAAUUUUCAAGAGUCCAUUUUCCUUUGUGAAAAUCCUCAGUGUAUCUACCCCCUUGGUUAUAAAACAUUAAACAGCAUAAUUAUUUCUGCUGAUUCGGAAAAACAUCAAAUUCCAGGUACUGAUAAGAAAAGGAAGUUGUGUGAUAUUAGUGACUUUUCUCCCAUUGAAUCACAUCCAAAGCAGGCAAGGACUAAUAACGGGGUAGAUGUUGAGCAGACUAUUAAUGCAAAUCCUGCUGUCAAGUACUAUGAGGACAGUUUAUGUGCUCCUGGGCCAAAGCUACCUGAUGAGUUACAGAAUGACCAGCAAAAGACUAGUAGCAAAGUGGAGUCCCUUCUGCAGAAGGUGGACACUGAAACAAUCAACAGAGCCAGCAGUGAUAAAGUAAGUCCUUCCAAGACUUCUUUGGCCAGAACACAGCUCCUGCCGAAUCCUGAACUUUGCUCAACAGCAUCUGAACUUUUGCUCAAAGACGAUAAAAGUUCCACUAAUAACUCAGAUUUGUGUCUUCAGUGGAGGAACGUGUAUGCUCUUUGUUGGCUAAACUGUGUUUUGUCGGCACUGGUACACUUGGAAACAUUAAAGUCUGCUCUAACAGAAGAAUACACCGAAGAAAAGUGUUUACUCCAGAGACUCCUUAGAAAAUACAAUCAAGCAACUGCACUUCUGAAUACCUGUAAAAGAAGUAAGGUAAAAGAUGUUCUUCCAAAAGCAGAAUCAAAUCUCAAUGAAGUUAGAAACAGAAUUUUUACACAGCUUCAGCCUCUGCUUGGGUGUAAAUUGGGUGAGGAGGAAAGCCCGGUGUUCGCGCUCCCUCUGCUCUUACGACAGGAUUGCCAGGCAGAGAAACUGUUCCUGAGUUCAUUUUCAUGGAAGUUUGAGUGCUUACGUUGUGGCUACAAAUACCAGGACCGGUGUAGGAAAACAUUAACAACAUUCACAAAUAUAAUCUCUGAUUGGCAUCCACUUAAUGCUGUUCACAUUGGUCCAUGUAAUAACUGUAAUGAUAAAUCUCAAAGAAGACAGAUGAUUUUGGAAAAAGUACCCACAAUAUUUAUGUUGCAUUUUGUCGAAGGCUUGCCACAUAACAACCUGAAGAAUUACUCUUUUCAGUUUGAAGGGGAUUCCUACCAAAUAACAUCUAUCAUUCAGUAUCAGUCAGUCAAGAAACACUUCAUAACCUGGUGUUUGAAUGCUGAUGGAAGUUGGCUUGAAUGUGAUGAUUUAAAGGGGCCAUAUUGCAAGAGACAUAAAAGAUUUGAAGUUCCUCCUUCAGAGAUUUUUAUUGUUUUCUGGGAAAAGAAAGUCUCCCAUGUGCCAAAAGAAGCGAAUUCACAGUUCCCGAGUAAAAAUAUUGAAGAUUUUCCUCUUAAUAAUGUACAGUCAAAUUCCACAGCAUUCCAUUGUGGUUUGGAAAAUGCUAUAGACAGAAUAGCUGCUGAACAUCACAAAGAGGAUUCUGUGAGAAUUCCAGAUAAGAAGCCACAGCAGGUAGCUGAGGAUGAAAGAGGUGCUCAUCGUGGUUCUGAAAAGCUGGCACACGAUGAUGUUAUAACUCUGACGCUUGUAGAAAUUCAAGUUGACUCAGAAGCUAAAUCACCGGAGAACAGACAGAUGGUGGGAAAUAACCUUGUUGUUGAGACGGCUGGAACUAGUCUAGCUAUGAAUAAUAAAUGCACUUUAUCUGAAGAUUGCAGCAUUUCCUUACCUCUAGAAGAAUUAAAUAUAGCAAAUAUUACUCCUCCGGUGCCUAAAAACCAGGACUCUUACCCAUCUUACUCGCCUCUUGCUCAAAGAACAGAUGACCGAGCAAAUUUAUUUAACACAGAAAAUGGUACUGGCUUAAGUUCAGAAUUCCAGCUAAAGAAGAAUUUGUCACUAGCAAAUAAUAUUACACAAAAAUCACCUGACUUGAAAGAUGGAAGCAAAAUUGUAGUUGAUUCUCAGAUUGCAAAUGCUUCUGCUGCCAAUAAUCCUCUUCAGCCUUCACAUAAAGACCAAAAAAGAGGGUUUGUAGGAAGCUGGGUAAAGAAAUUAUUAAGCAAGAAUACUUCUUUUAUGCCUUCAAGUGCCUCAACUCUUAAAAAUGAGAGAAAUUCUAAAACUCCCUUAGUGCAAAAAAUAAGCGAUGUAAGGUUGCCCGUUAAGGGGGCAAGUAACUUUGAUGGAUUUCAAGGCAGAGGUGCAAACAAAAUGGCUGAGACCCCUAAAUUAGCAGUUUCUCAAAGUAAAAAUAUCCAUCCUUUGUCAAAUUUCAAAGGAUUUUCUGCAAACAUUCAUCUUCCUACAAAAAAUCAUAUUGCUAGUGAAGGUCCAACUUGGAGGAAGUCAAGUGUGUUGGAUGCCUCCAAUAAAGUAGUUCAGCUUAACUCACCCAGCUCUAAUUCUGGGAAGGUGAAAGAGUCAGAUACUGAUCAAACCAAAAAACUUCGCCAAAAACUGUUAAAAAAACUUAAUGCUAAGAAGAAGAAGCUGGCUUCCCUGGACAGGCUCGCAGUGGAACAGAUGAAACACGAGAGGCCUGUGAACGGAGGUGGAAGCACCCUAGCUCGUUUUGAAUCUCAUAAUGAAUCUCAUAAUGACAGUGAAUUAUUACAGACGUUUUUAAGGGAACUGCAGCAUCAGAUUGACAAUGCAUCUGAUGCAAACUCUGUUUCAGUGUGCACUGGCCAUGAUGCUAAUAAUGAAAUAUUAGCAGAAUUACUGUCCCCUGCUUCAACUGUGGCUUCCUUAGAGGUUCCAAGGGGUGAGGAGGAAUGUAUGUAUUUGGAAAUGGGGGAUAGCAGCGUUGCACCGGCUGCGCCUGCCAGGGCCACCCGUGUGUCACACGACACGGUGCCACGGCAAGAUCACAAUUACUACAGUCCCGCAAAGGACAGCAGCUCUCAGAUUCAUGCAGGGAACAAAUCUGGCAUGAAGAAACUCGCUUUUGAAAGUCCUACAAGUGAAGAUAUCCUCGAAGACCUGUUCUCCAUUUCAGAACCAAGCUCAAUAGCAGGUGAUAUAGAUUUACCUCAUUUCGAUGAAACACUGUUUGAAAAUUGGUGAAAAUUCAGUUUCUUAUUUUUAGUAUUUUUACUAUUAUGUAUAUAUUGAA